UUUUACAGACCAUAAUCUCGUGCUUUGAUAGCUGCUUGCUUCAAAUGGCUGUAAGCCUACCAGUAACCACUUCCUUUUUUUGCUGUUUAUCGGCCGAGCCUUGCAUGGUGUGUGCUUAUUGAAGUUUUCGUCCUUUUCUACGUUUUGGGUUCCAGUUUCUAUAAUUUAUUCCUUCUUUAUUUAUUAUUCAAUACCGCAAUUCUAGACGGAGAUUCACCGGAACUGCGAUCUGAAGCUUGUUUGGAUGAACAAUUUCUGUUAAACAGUAGAAGAAACCGGAGUUUUCGUACGUCCUCGUUUCGUUUCUAAUGGAGGUGGCGCUUCAGGCACAUGUGUCCCGGAGUUGGAGGACCACGAAUUUUACUGAAGCACAAGCUGGGAGUUUGAGGUUCAGACUCUUUCAUGGAAAUACAGCGUCGUCUACUACUUCUACUACACUGUCUCCCUUAUGGUUCAGAGGGCAUGUUGUAGCCGGGAGGUCGUUCAGAAUUGUUGCUAGUGCCCGUCAGUCAGAUUCUUCAAGGAAGAGAUCUAGGAAAUUGUCAACAGCAAGACUUGAAAGCUCUGCACCAAAGGGGUUCAAACCCAAAGUUCCUCUAGGAGCAAGCACCCCUAAAAGAGAUCACGGUAGUGAUGAAGAGAAAGAAGGCUCUGCAACGCUAAAAUCUAGUGCACACACAAAGCCUAAUCAGGCAGCAGUUAAAUUGAAGGUGGGUGAUGAGGAGGAUUUAGCAGCUAAAGUUUCGCAAGAGGAUGCAGAUGUACAAAAAAUGGAAGAGAAUGAUGCAGAAAUUAAAAGCUCUUUGACAAGUAAAUCUACUUCUGUUGGUGAAAGUGCUGCAGAAAUAGAUAAUGGAAUGGCAGGUAGGUUAAGUGGGAUAGGCCAAAAAUCACUGGAGAAAGAAGAGGAGAAUGAGCCAAGUGAAGCAGUUUCAGGUGUCCUAGAUAACUCUGUGGAAGAUGAACCUCUCAAGAAAGAAGAAAAAUUAACUGAAGAAGAAUCUUUAAAAUUAAAGUUGGAGAUGGAAGCAAUAGCAAAGAGACAUGAAAUUAAGAAACUGGCUGAGGAAAACUUACUAGGAGGAAUUCAAGUGUUUGUUUUUCCGCCAGUUGUUAAACCUGAUCAAAAUAUAGAAUUGUUCUUUAAUAGGAGUCUUUCCAUUCUGAAUGGAGAGCAAGAUGUUUUGAUCAUGGGAGCAUUCAAUGACUGGAAAUGGAAAUCUUUUACCAUGAGGCUAAACAAAGCAAAUAUUGAUGGGGAUUGGUGGUCUUGUCAGAUUCAUGUUCCCAAGGAGGCUUACAAGAUAGACUUCGUGUUCUUUAAUGGGAAAGAUGUCUAUGAAAAUAAUGAUGAAAAGGAUUUCUGCAUAUAUGUGGAAGGCGGAAUGGAUGCCUCUACAUUUGAAGAUUUCUUAUUAGAGGAGAAACGUAAAGAACUUGAAAGACUUGCGAAAGAGAGGACUGAAAGGGAAAGACAAGAAGAAGAGGCGAGGCGAAUAGAAGCUGAGAAGGUUGCUAUGGCAGCUGACAGAGAUCAGGCGAGGGCAGAUACUGAAAAAAGGAGAGAGAUGGUAAAACAGCUUUCAAAAAUGGCAGCAAAGUCUGUUGAUAAUGUUUGGUUCAUUGAACCUACUGAAUUUCAAGGUGGAGACUUAGUCAGGUUAUAUUAUAAUAAAAAUUCAGGUCCUCUGGCUCAUGCAGAAGAGCUUUGGGUUCAUGGUGGGCAUAAUAAUUGGACAGAUGGAUUAUCCAUUAUUGAAAAACUUGUCUUUGCUGAGACAAAGGACAAUUGUGAUUGGUGGUAUGCUGAUGUAAUCGUACCUGAUCGAGCACUUGUUCUGGAUUGGGUUCUUGCUGAUGGGCUGCCCAAAAAGGCCAAUAUUUAUGAUAACAACAAACGUCUUGAUUUCCAUGCUAUUGUUCCAAAAGCCAUUUCUGAGGAGCUUUACUGGGUUGAGGAAGAACGCAGGAUUUAUAGGAAACUUCAGGAAGAGAGGAGAUUAAGAGAGGAAGCUCUCCGUGCCAAGGUUGAAAGAACAGCUCGUAUGAAAUCUGAGACAAAGGAAAGAACCAUGAAAAACUUUUUGUUAUCACAGGAACACAUAGUGUUUACUGAUCCCGUUGAUGUUCAAGCAGGGAGCGCAGUGACAGUCUUUUACAAUCCUGCCAAUACACCUCUGAAUGGAAAACCUGAAGUAUGGUUCAGAUGUUCAUUUAAUCGUUGGUCCCACCGUAACGGUCCAUUGCCACCACAAAAAAUGUUGCCUGCUGAUGGUGGCAGCCAUGUGAAAGCCACUGUUAAGGUUCCAUUGGACGCAUAUAUGAUGGAUUUUGUAUUUUCUGAGAGAGAAGAUGGUGGGAUAUUUGACAAUAAAAAUGGCAUGGAUUAUCAUAUACCUGUGGUGGGUGGAAUAAGUAAGGAGCCACCAUUGCACAUUGUGCAUAUAGCUGUAGAAAUGGCACCUAUUGCAAAGGUUGGAGGUCUUGGUGAUGUUGUAACUAGUUUAUCCCGUGCCAUUCAAGAUUUGAACCAUAAUGUGGACAUUGUUCUACCUAAAUAUGACUGUCUGAACCUAAGCAAUGUGGAAAAUUUUCACCAUCGACAAAAUUAUUUCUGGGGAGGAACAGAAGUAAAAGUCUGGUUCGGCAAAGUGGAAGGGCUCUCUGUUUACUUUUUGGAGCCUCAAAACGGAUUCUUUUGGACAGGAUGUAUAUAUGGUUGUGCAAAUGAUGGGGAGAGGUUUGGUUUCUUUUGUCAUGCUGCUCUUGAAUUCUUACUCCAAGGAGGAUUUCAUCCUGAUAUUAUCCAUUGUCAUGAUUGGUCUAGUGCACCAGUUGCUUGGUUAUUCAAGGAACAAUACAUGCACUAUGGCCUUACUAAAGCACGGGUUGUCUUCACUAUUCACAAUUUAGAAUUUGGAGCGCAGCUUAUUGGGAGAGCAAUGUUGUACUCGGACAAGGCUACAACUGUGUCUCCUACGUACUCGAAGGAGGUGUCGGGAAAUCCUGUCAUUGCUCCCCAUCUUCACAAGUUUCAUGGCAUUGUGAAUGGAAUAGACCCUGACAUAUGGGAUCCAUAUAAUGACAAGUUUAUUCCGGUACCAUACACUUCAGAGAAUGUUGUUGAGGGAAAAAGAGCUGCCAAGGAAGCAUUACAACAGAGACUUGGCCUAAGUAGGUCUGAUCUGCCUUUAGUAGGGAUUAUCACUCGCUUAACUCAUCAAAAGGGAAUCCAUCUCAUCAAGCAUGCUAUCUGGCGAACUCUAGAUAGGGGUGGACAGGUUGUUUUGCUUGGUUCAGCUCCUGAUCCGCGCAUUCAAAAUGAUUUUGUGAAUUUAGCAAAUCAAUUGCAUUCAUCUUACCCAGACCGUGCUCGUCUUUGUUUGACUUAUGAUGAGCCUCUUUCACACUUGAUUUAUGCUGGUGGAGAUCUGAUACUUGUACCUUCAAUUUUUGAGCCAUGUGGUCUAACUCAGCUCACUGCAAUGAGAUAUGGUUCAGUACCCGUUGUCCGAAAAACUGGAGGACUUUAUGACACUGUGUUUGACGUCGAUCACGAUAAAGAAAGAGCACAAGCAGCAGGCCUUGAACCAAAUGGAUUCAAUUUUGAAGGAGCAGAUCCAUCUGGUGUUGACUAUGCUCUUAAUAGAGCAAUCUCUGCAUGGUACAACGAUCGAAGUUGGUUUCAUUCAUUGUGCAAGAGAGUGAUGGAGCAAGACUGGUCUUGGAAUCGGCCUGCUCUUGACUACUUGGAGCUUUAUCAUGCAGCACGGAAAUGAAAAACGAGACGAACAAUUGAAUAAGGAAGCAAAGGAUCAAUCUACCCAAACUCAACGGUACUGUACAGGUUUAGUUAUAAUUCCGGCUUUUCAUUUCUCUUAUUUAAAAGAUCUCUUUUUCACGUAGUACCUGCCCUAUAUUAGACCAAGUAUUCAUCUUUCUGUACAUUGAGAACAUAUUUCAACUUAGAUAUAAAUGCAGCAUUUAUCAUUUUAUUUAGCAGCAAA